ACUAGUGAUGAGGAAAAUUUGAGAGGAAGACAAUUUUUAAAAGAAUUUCAAUAUAAAUUAACAGCAUAGUACUAAUGUUGACCGGAAAAGAUUAUUUAAAGUGAUGUAUUUUUGAAAUGAGCUUAAGCAUUCAAAUUAAACUUUCGUACUAGUUUUUUUUAUGCUGGAAAAAAAAAUUCCUCAAUUCAACAUAAAGGAAAAAUCGAUAAGUUCUGCAAACUAUCAAUCGAAAAUAUUAUGAUAAUGAGCUGCUACUAAAAUAUUUAUACAGCAAAAUUAGCAAGUUUUUGUUGCUUAAAAUAAUGAGCUUCCGUAAAUAUUUGUGAAAGAGCUCAAAACGGAAGAAAGGGGGAGUGAGUAGUUAGAAGAUCCAGUGAAUUCUUGCUGAUUGAAAAAAAAAUGUCUGGGCCAAGUAAUAAUAGCACGAAUAGUACUAAUAAUAAUAGUAACAAAUUCUACAAACAUCAAGUGUCACCAAACAAUUCUUUAAAUCAUGAUAGCAAUAGCUCGGAUCGAAUGGUUUGGGAAAUGCGUAAUAAUUUUCGACAGUAUUAUCGAACACCAAACUUAACGCCUCUCCUUAAUUCGCCUAUUCUGAAUGAAGACAUUCGGAUUAUCGAUCAAUACCAAAAGGUCACAGGCGAUUCUAUAAACAAUGGUGAUAUAAAUGGACUUCGUGUAUUAGAUAGUUCAACAGAAGGAGCUUCCAAUAAUUAUUAUUCGGAAAAAGAUAUUGUUAUAUUUGAUGAUAUUGAAGACACUCGUAGCUCAGCAUGGUUAAAUAAUUCUCAUUUUGGAAAUCGUUUAGUUACUGGCUUUUCGCCUACUUCCUCACAUUCAUCACAUUCUGGAAAUGUGUCAACCGGAAGUGACGGUUUAGGUACAAAAAACAGAAUAAUAGGUGACAUCCAAAUUGCUGACUUGCAAGGAAGUCCAAGGCGAUUUGGAAGUACUCAUUCAAAUGAGACCGACUCAUUAAAUAUGGAAAAGUCUGAAAAAUUACAGCAAAAAGGAAUAUUGCAGUCACCCAUCAAUUUUCCUAAGCGUGCACCAGGAUUUCCCCAGCGAAUUAUAUCACCAAUUGAGCCUGAGACGUCAUCAAGUACAACAAAUAAUUUUGGUAGUAGACAAGAUGAAGAAAUUUUGCAGCAUCAAAAUCAGCCUUCUGUUGUUGAUCCACCUUUUGAUUAUUGUUACGAAUUUUCCGAGACUAGAAAAGUAUUAGACGAAUUUUUUACACCUCAAGAGCAGCAACAAUUUCAGCAGCAAAAGUUAUUAGAAUUUCAGCAACAAGCUAAAUUACAGCAAGUUGAAAAGGCGCUUCCAUUAGAUGACUUUGUAGAUUUUAAACAGCAAACGUCAGCAACGUAUAUAGGACAAAGAUUAGCAGCUCUUAAGCAAAUGCAACAGAAACAGCAUUAUGAGCAUCAAUUACAGCAGCAAUAUGAGAAUAGGAGUAUGAUGGAAGACGUUUCAGUCACUAAAAAUAAACCAAUAUUAUAUGAGAAUGAAAUAGGAGAAGAUGAGUUGGAUAUACAAAAUUAUUAUGGAAAUUGUCCACAGUCAAAAAACUUUACGUUGUCUCCAGAAACAACAGAUUAUGACUAUGACUCGAAUUGCGGAGAUUUGGAUUCUGAAUUUUCGCUUAAAUAUAUUAGCAGUGAUCUGAGUCUCUCGAAUGAAAUUAAUGGAGUUCAAGAUACUGGACGAUUAUACAGCAGCAUGCCAGUAUUAGAAGAUGGAUUGUCAAGUGGACAUGCUUCAGAUACCGAAAAUAAUAAUCCAAAUAUAUCAACCGUUCUCGAAAAUGAUAAUAUGUCGCUUUCUAUGAAUCAAGCUUCUCAAAAAUAUCCUUGCGGAAUCUCAAGUAUUCAGACAUCGCUUUAUAAUUAUAAAAAUCAGCAGCAAGAUGAUGAUCCUGACGAUGAUAUCGAGGAAACCAGUCAUGAUAUAGACAUUGAUAAGUCUCAGGACAUGCAAGUAGCUUUAAAAGACAUUAGAGGUACACUAGAACGAUCCAAAAAACUUACUUCAUCAAUCAAUGAAGCACUGAUUCAUUCAAGCGGAAAUACUAAAAAUAUUAAUAACAGCAAUAGCGUUAAUAAUAAUGUUAAUACUUCGAAAGAAAGUUUAGUUUCGACAAAUAUUACUCAUAAACAGCAUGGUGAAGACGAAGAGCACGAUACUGAUCUCGAAACCGACAGAUUAUUAGGACAACAAAGAAUGAAUGAGUUACAGCAGGGUGGAUUUGAUGAUAAUAAGAACAUGAGGAAAGUAAGAUGUGCUAAUGGACAAAUUAUUAAAUCACCAAUUGGAAUGGGUAAAACACAGACAUCGUUAAGACAUGGAAUUGGUACACAAUUGAGCACUGAACAAUCACCAGAUCAUUCUGAAGAAUGUGUUGAUGAUAUAAAAUCAAAAUCUCCUACACAGUUAGUCAAAUCACCAACAGGAUCGAUUGUUUCGAAAGGUCGACGACGAAAUAAAGAAGGCACAAUGCUGGAUCCAGCUGUUCUUAUCGAAGGAGUUUUGUUCAGAGCACGAUAUUUGGGCUCAACGCAACUAGUCUGCGAAGGCCAACCAACAAAAACUACUCGAAUGCUUCAAGCUGAAGAGGCUGUAUCUAGAAUUAAGGCACCCGAAGGCGAAGCUCAACCGAGUACAGAAGUUGAUUUGUUCAUAUCAACAGAAAAAAUUAUGGUACUAAACACAGAUUUGAAAGAAAUAAUGAUGGAUCAUGCACUAAAGACAAUUUCUUAUAUAGCUGAUAUUGGUGACUUGGUUGUGUUAAUGGCACGAAGACGAUAUGUUCCACAAGAUAACGAUUCAAGUGGUGAACAGCCAGGCAGUAAUGAAACUACACCUCCGAAUGGAGGAAAAAAUCGAACACCGAAGAUGAUUUGCCAUGUAUUUGAAAGUGAUGAAGCACAAUUUAUUGCACAAUCUAUAGGACAAGCAUUUCAAGUUGCUUAUAUGGAAUUUCUAAAAGCAAAUGGAAUUGAAGAUCAUAGUUUUAUGAAGGAAAUGGAUUAUCAAGAAGUGUUGAAUAGUCAAGAAAUUUUUGGAGAUGAGCUUGAGAUUUUUGCAAAAAAAGAGCGUCAAAAAGAAGUAGUUGUGCCGAAAGUAAAAGGCGAGAUAUUAGGUGUUGUUAUUGUUGAAUCUGGUUGGGGCUCAAUGCUUCCAACUGUCGUAAUAGCAAAUUUAGCUCCAAAUUUACCAGCUGCUCGCUGUGGUCAACUCAAUAUUGGUGAUCAAAUUAUUGCCAUAAAUGGAUUAAGUCUUGUCGGUCUUCCUUUAUCUCAAUGUCAACAAUAUAUUAAAAAUACCAAAAAUCAAACAGCUGUGAAAUUCACAGUUGUCCCUUGUGCUCCAGUUGUUGAAGUUAAAAUUAAGCGACCAAAUACAAAAUAUCAAUUAGGAUUUAGUGUUCAAAAUGGUGUUAUAUGUAGUCUUUUACGAGGUGGAAUUGCAGAGCGUGGUGGUGUACGAGUAGGACAUCGCAUUAUAGAAAUCAAUAAUCAAAGUGUCGUUGCUGUUCCUCACGAGAAAAUUGUUAAUUUACUUGCAACGUCAGUUGGAGAGAUUUCGAUGAAAACAAUGCCGACAUCAAUGUUUCGUUUAUUAACUGGUCAAGAAAAUCCCAUCUAUAUUUAAUUCGUAUAUUAUUCUGCAGUAUUCAUCAUCGUAAGUAAAAUGUAUGAAUUGAAAACGAGAAAGUCAUCUAAUAGAAGAUAAAAAUGAAAACGCUUAAAAUGCAUUUAAAUAAGCCAAAAAAAUGGAUGUCGA